CCGGGAGGCUCCGGGACGCCCAGCCCCACGUCUACGGGGAUGAUGAAGAGCUGGAUCCUCCUCGUCGGGGCAGGAAUAGCCCUGGGCUGCGCGUCUGGCAGCCUGUACACGGCCCCUGACUCCUGCAAGGGACGGUGCCAGGAGCCCUACAGCCCAGAGGAUGAGUGUCACUGCAACGACGAGUGCGAGCGGUACCACAACUGCUGUGAGGAUUACUACAGGCUCUGCCGAGAGGAGGGUUUCUCCAGGAGCCGUGAUGCCAUCACCGAUGAGGAGCUCCUGCAGGUCUCGGAGCAGCUUUACAAGGCGGAUCACAACAAAGCCCAGCCCACGGACAUCGCCAUUAACCCCCAGUACCAGGCCUCCCCCGAUGAGACGGGUGACCAGGAGGACCGGUCCCCGCUGCCGCUCUACAAAUACGUCAAUGAGAAGCUUUUCUCCAAACCCACCUACGCCAGCUUCAUCAAACUGCUGGACAACUACCAGAGGGCCACUGGCCGGGAGGAGGAGGUGACGGCUGAGGAGCUGAGGGAGCAGGACAACUUCCUCCGGGAGGUGAUGAAAACCGAGCUCAUGAAGAAACUCUUCGCCUUCCUCCACAAAAAAAAUCGCUACGGCUCCGAGCAGGAGUUCCUCGCCGAUUUGAAGGAGAUGUGGUUUGGGCUCUACUCCAGAGGUGAUGGCGAGCAGGACUCCAGCGGCUUCGAGCACGUCUUCUCAGGGGAGGUGAAAAAAGGGAAGGUGUCUGGAUUUCACAACUGGAUUCGCUUCUACCUGCUGGAAAAGCAGGGCGCCGUCAACUACUUCAGCCACAACUUCGAGGGGCCGUGGGACACCUACCCCGACGUGCUGGGGCUGCAGUUCAGCUGGGACGGCUUCUACAAGGAGGUGGGCUCUGCCUUCAUCGGCUCCAGCCCGGAGUUUGAGUUUGGCCUCUACACCUUGUGCUUCAUCGCGCGUCCCGGGAGGGCAUGUCACCUGAGCCUGGGUGGCUACAGCCUGAGCAUCCAGACCUACCCCUGGACCAAGUCCACCUACGGCAACGGCAGGAAAUACAUCGCCACCGCCUACGUGAUCUCAUCCUGAGACUGGAAGACGGGGGGUGACCGCAGCCCCACGCUGGGGCCCUGAGCUGCCCCACACCAGGGGUCCACAGCACUGGGCAGGACUGGUCAGGCUGUGGGAGGUGGAUGGCCGUGCCCCGGGACCAGCGCAGGGCACUGGAGGGAGCCGGGGGGGACGGCGGUGGCCGUACCCUGCGCGGAGGCA